CCCGCCAGAGUCCAUGCGAAUUUUCCCAUCCCACCAUUCAUACCCAAGUCUUUUUUUUUUUUCUUUUUCCACUUCCAGUUGCAGUAAUAUAUACCCCAGAUGAUUCGUAAUCAGUGGUCGAACCUGAGAAUUUCUUCCUUGCUUUAUCUCUAAGCGAACUUUCUCUUUUCUCUCUUCCUCUCUCAGUGCCAGCGUGCCAACGGGAACUCCAGAUGGGUUUGAGACGAAUUGUCUAUAAAUAUUGUCUUUGAGUAAGAACUGGAACCACAAGGUAUGGCAAUGGAAGAAAGAUCCUUCCCUGCUUGGUCCUGUUCGGUCGAGCAAUGCCUGAAGGAAUACAAUGUCAAACUAGAAAAGGGUCUGAGUUCCUACGAGGUUGAGAAGCGGCGGGAGAGGUAUGGCUGGAACGAGCUCCAGAAAGAAAAGAGAAAGCCCCUAUGGCGCCUUGUGUUGGAACAGAUUGAUGAUAUGCUUGUCAAGAUUCUGCUAGUCGCAGCCUUCAUCUCAUUUGUUCUAGCCUACUUGCAAGGUCAAGAAGAUGGAGAGACGGGCUUUGAGGCCUAUGUGGAACCUUUUGUGAUCGUCAUGAUUCUUGUGCUCAAUGCCAUAGUUGGCGUUUGGCAGGAGAGCAAUGCCGAGAAGGCACUCGAAGCCCUUAAGGAGAUGCAAUCCGAGUCCGCCAAGGUUCUCAGGGAUGGAUACUAUGUGCCAGACUUGCCGGCUAGGGAGCUUGUCCCAGGUGAUAUUGUGGAACUGAGAGUUGGCGACAAGGUUCCUGCUGACAUGAGAAUUGCAGCCUUGAAAACCACAACGCUGAGAGUUGAACAGAGCUCGCUAACAGGAGAAGCAAUUCCUGUACUCAAAGGCCCAACCCCUGUCUCCGUGGUUGACUGUGAUUUGCAGGCUAAAGAAUGUAUGGUCUUUGCGGGUACAACAGUUGUGAAUGGAAGCUGCAUUUGCAUUGUUGUCAACACUGGGAUGUGUACAGAGAUUGGGAAGAUCCAGAAACAGAUACAUGAAGCCUCCUUGGAAGAGAACGAUACCCCACUUAAGAAGAAACUGGAUGAGUUUGGUGGGAGGCUGACAACUGCGAUUGGGCUUGUUUGCCUUGUUGUGUGGAUGAUCAAUUAUAAACACUUCCUUGCUUGGGACCUUCAGAAUGGAUGGCCAACAAAUUUCCACUUCUCUUUUGAGAAAUGCACAUACUAUUUCAAGAUAGCUGUUGCCCUUGCAGUAGCUGCCAUCCCUGAAGGCCUUCCUGCGGUAAUCACAACUUGUUUAGCCUUGGGUACUAGGAAGAUGGCACAAAAGAACGCAAUUGUAAGAAAACUUCCAAGUGUAGAGACAUUAGGAUGUACAACUGUUAUUUGUUCAGAUAAGACUGGAACCCUCACCACCAAUCAGAUGUCGGUAACUGAAUUCUUCACCUUGGGUGGGAAGAUGACAGCCUCUCGGGUUUUUCGUGUUGAAGGCACAACCUACAAUCCCAAGGAUGGUGGCAUUGUGGACUGGACUUGCUACAAUAUGGAUGCUAGCUUGCAAGCCAUGGCGGAAAUAUGUGCAGUCUGCAAUGAUUCUGGGAUCUUUUGCAAUGGUCCCCUUUUCCGAGCUACAGGUCUGCCAACUGAGGCAGCUCUCAAAGUCUUGGUUGAAAAGAUGGGGGUUCCAGAUCCUAAGUUGAGGAACAGAAUCCGUAAUGCACAACUUGCUGCUGACUAUUUGAUUGACCGUAGCACAGUUAAAUUAGGCUGCUGCGAGUGGUGGACAAAAAGAUCAAAAAGGAUUGCCACAUUGGAAUUUGAUCGAAUUCGUAAAUCAAUGAGCGUUAUUGUUCGGGAGCCAGAUGGACAUAAUCGUCUUCUUGUCAAGGGUGCUGUUGAGAAUCUUGUGGAGCGCAGCUCACAUGUGCAACUCGCGGAUGGAUCUAUUGUUUCAAUAGAUGAGUCAUGCAGGCAAUUGUUACUGUUGAGAUUAAUUGAGAUGAGUUCAAAGGGCUUGCGUUGUCUGGGUUUGGCAUACAAGGAUGACUUGGGAGAGUUCUCUGACUACCAUUCAGAGAGUCAUCCUGCCCACAGGAAAUUGCUUGAUCCUGCUAACUACUUCACCAUUGAAAGUAACCUAAUUUUUGUUGGGGUUGUUGGUCUGAGAGACCCUCCUCGUGAUGAAGUUCAUAAAGCAAUUGAAGAUUGUAGAGAAGCUGGCAUCAAAGUUCUGGUGAUCACUGGAGAUAAUAAGUCCACAGCUGAAGCUGUCUGUCGGGAAAUUGGACUAUUUUCUGGCAGUGAGGAUCUCAGAAGGAAAAGUUUUAUAAGUAAAGAGUUCAUGUCUCUUAAUUCUGCACAACAAAUUGAAAUUUUGACAAAACCAGGAGGUAUGCUUUUUUCUCGAGCUGAACCAAAGCACAAACAAGAAAUUGUAAGGAUGCUGAAAGAAAGGGGUGAGGUUGUUGCAAUGACUGGGGAUGGUGUAAAUGAUGCACCUGCACUGAAAUCAGCUGAUAUUGGAAUUGCUAUGGGCAUCACUGGGACUGAGGUUGCAAAGGAAGCGUCAGACAUGGUUCUUGCAGAUGAUAACUUCAGUACCAUUGUUUCUGCUGUUGCUGAGGGCCGCUCAAUAUAUAAUAACAUGAAAGCUUUCAUCAGGUACAUGAUAUCAUCUAAUAUUGGGGAAGUCAUCUCCAUCUUCUUGACAGCUGCAUUGGGCAUACCAGAAUGCUUGAUACCAGUUCAGCUUCUUUGGGUCAAUUUAGUUACUGACGGCCCACCUGCAACAGCUCUUGGAUUUAAUCCUGCAGAUGUUGAUAUCAUGCGGAAACCACCCCGUAAGAGCAAUGAUGCUCUCAUCAAUUCUUGGGUUCUCUUCCGUUAUAUGGUAAUUGGGUCAUAUGUUGGCAUCGCAACCGUUGGUAUUUUUGUUUUGUGGUAUACUCAAGGUUCCUUUCUGGGCAUCAACCUUGUGAGCGAUGGACAUACACUGGUUACUUUGUCUCAGCUCCGCAAUUGGGGGGAGUGUCCCUCUUGGUCAAAUUUUACAGUUUCCCCAUUCAAGAUUACUGGUGGUCAUGUUAUGUCAUUCUCAAAUCCCUGUGACUAUUUCUCUGAUGGUAAAGUGAAGGCAAUGACUCUAUCUUUAUCUGUUUUGGUGGCAAUUGAGUUGUUGAAUUCUCUGAAUGCCUUAUCAGAAGAUAACAGCUUGGUCAGGAUACCACCUUGGAGGAACCCUUGGCUUUUGGUGGCUAUGUCAGUGUCAUUUGGGCUCCAUUUUCUCAUUCUCUAUGUUCCUUUCCUAGCGGAUGUGUUUGGUAUUGUUCCAAUGAGUCUGAAGGAGUGGUCAUUAGUUAUUUUGGUCUCAUUACCUGUUGUGCUCAUCGAUGAGAUUCUCAAGUUAGUCGGGAGGAGUUGGAAAGGGACAUCCCAUAAGAAUAAGAAAGAAUAACAUGCUUCUGGUUUUGGCUAUCAGUCUCUAUAAAGAUGAUUGUCAUGGAGUUCAACAAUGUGGCUAUAUGCGAAGAAGCUUUACUGUUUUUUUUUUUUGAAAUAUACAUAUUCUUUCAUAAAAUUGUAAAGGAGAAAGAACAGGAAGGGUUGUGUUUGUCUAUGAAUGGAAAAUUAACUCUUGCUUCCA